AUGAUCCUAUUGAUCUCGAUAAGGCUGUUGAUGAAGAUACAUGAGCCAUUUACAUCGAAACCGUCAGCAACCCUAAGCAGUGCGUACCCGAUAUCCCGGCCAUCGCUGCUGUGGCUCAUAAACAUGGCAUCCCGCUUGUCAUUGAUAACACGUUCGGUAUGGCCGGGUAUCUAUGCCAACCUAUCAAGCUUGGAGCUGAUAUUGUGACCCACUCAUGCACGAAAUGGAUCGGUGGGCACAACACAAGCAUGGGUGGGAUAGUUGUCGAUGGUGGCCGUUUCGAAUGGGGAUCCGCUCUAUCGGCGGCCAAAUUCCCGGGUCUGACAGAGCCGGCCCCGGGGUAUCACGGACUCCGGUUCUGGGAAACGUAUGGCCCGCGUGCGCUGACGGCCAAGUUGCGCAUGGACAGUAUGCGUGACCUGGGCCCUUGUAUGAGUCCAUUUAACGCGUGGCUGUUUUUGCAGGGUCUCGAGACGCUGCCGUUGCGCGCUCAGCGUACCGUGGAGAAUACCCAACGCUUGGCUGAGUGGCUUGAGGCCCACCCAUGCGUCAAUUGGGUGUUGUACCCCGGAUUGCCAUCGCAUCCAGAUUACGACCUGGCGCGGGAAUUAUUACCUAGGGGCGCUGGUGGGGUGCUGACCUUUGGCGUGGCAGGGAAAGUGGAUGAGGUCCGCGCUGUCGUCGACAACCUUAAGAUGUGCAGCCAUGUGGCUAACGUAGGCGACUGCAAAACUCUUAUUAUCCACCCGUGGGUAACAACACAUCAACAGAUGCCCGACGAAGAAAAGAUCAAGGGAGGAGUAACACCCGACCUGCUGCGCGUAAGUGUGGGGAUCGAGAACUUUGAGGAUAUCCAACGCGAUUUUGAGCAGGCUUUCGUGGCGGCGGGCUUACAACUGGCGGAGAAAUCAGGAGAAGACCCCUUUACGGCAGCUAUGGAAUUGGUAAAUGCUGGAUUUAUGGGCAAAGCAGCAACGGGCGUGCCCCAGCCGAAGUGAUUCGGAGGAUGCUGAUACAGCGUCAUGUCAGCGGGCUAAGUUAGGUAUAUCUUAGUAAAUUCAGGAUGCUGACCUUUUUUUCUUGAUGCCAAAGUAG